UGAGUUACAGGAGCAAGCAGCAUGUUGAGUUCAGUAGACGAAGCUACGCUCUGCAAGUUCAAAGACAACAUGGCGGUCAGUGCCUGUCGAGCAGUGUGUCUGUGAGGUGUAGUGAUUCUGAGAAGCGCUUUACAACAUGAAGGACCGCUGUGAGCCAACUUGAAAGCGGGAGAGGUAGGAAAAGUGCAAGUAGGAACAGGAGGUGAUGGCUUCAGAGUUCCUGCCUCUGUGUGAUGUGCUGUUCAACAUCAUCUCCCUGGCAUCAUACUUCUGUGAUGUUGUCUUCGAUUGCGUCACGGUCUACACUCUCUACGACAACCGAGCACCACAAUGGUUUUACGCAUCGCUGGCCUGCGUCCUGGGGUCUUUAUUAUUGUGCCAGGUAUGUUCGUUGACAUGGCAUCUGGACUCCUCAAGACGCGGCAAGCGUCUGAGCUCGUGGCUGCUAGCGCUCCAGCACCUGUUCCUCGGAGGCGUGUUGGUCCGAUAUUUCUUGUUGUUCCUGCCCGUAGACUUGCGGCACGUGAAGCACGAAGUACGUGAUCUAUGCGUGCUGAGAAUGUUGCAUGGCUUCUGCCAAGCGGCACCGAUGCUCCUUCUCCAACUUUUCCUUAUCUGGCAAAAGCCUUCGGCUUCCGAAAUGACAGAUCUCAACAUCGUAUCGACAGCGUUGUCGCUGUUCAGCGUGUGUUGGGCGUUGGCAUCGUUCAACAAGAACGUUAGAAGCCAUAACGUGCAUCGUCUGGUGUUGACGUGGCUUGGAGUUAUCUGUCAACUUGCCUGGAGACUCGGCACUGUCACAUCACGCUGUCUGUCCCUCACUGUCUACGCGACUGUCUAUGGCUUUUGGGUGUUGCUCGUAAUCAGCCUGCAUUGGGUGACCAUGUUUCUGUGGCUAAUAUCUCCUAGAAAUGUCUUCCAUGGGGAAAAAAUGCCAAUACUCAAGAAAAUUGGUCUUUCUAUGCUCAUAGCAUUCUGCUACAUCUUUUGCUACAUUAACCUGCAAGAAGUGAAUUCCCGUCGCAAGAUGACAGCUUUUUACCUGACCAUGCUACUGGAGAACACGUUACUUGUGUCCGUGUGGCUAGGGGGGCUGCGUGUACGGCCCUGGUAUCAAGACUCUGUCACUGCGGUGGCUUUCCUCUCGUUCGCGCUCGGGAUGCUCUUCAUGCUGCUAUACUACAGACAUUUUCACGUACGCAAACUACAACAAAACUACGGCGCGUCUGCUACAACAGCCGUGUAUCACUGCACAGGUUGUCGUAUGGAUCAGUGCAUGGACAAGUCACAUCGCAUGCCGUUCCCAUACUACCUUAACGAACUCUCGGCCAGCGACAACAGCACCAUUGCUUCUGACCAUCGCACCACCAAAAUUAACAACACAACCCAACGUCCUUUCAGCUACAGGUCCAGGCUGCAGUACAUGCAUCAAGACACACUCCAGGUUCCAGGAGUAUUUAAUUGUCGAUUCAACCCAGCAAUUAAGCGUAAGAAGAAGAAACCAACGAGCUUCGUGCCUCAGCCGCCAUCUGUUAUGGUGUCCAUGAAUCUUCCCAAUAACGUCGUGGCUAAAAAUGCGCGUGUUGCACCUUUUUGGAAGCAGCCUGUUUCUUUAGCGUCCAGUGACCACGAAGGAAGCGUUGGAUCACGCGUCAACAUUCAGCAAAAAUUACAGGAGAAGAAGCAACAACAAAUUGCUGAGCUACAUCAAAUCGAAGAAGAAAUUCGGUGUGGGAAAUUGACAAGGCCGCACCUUAAUGAUAUAUCAGAGUCCGGCACUUUACCUCAGCCUAUUCCUAAGGAGAAAAAACAGCCGUGGGUUCAACCUGAGCCCAUUAGGUGCCCAUAUUUCGUGGAUGAAACCACAAGCCGUGUCCUGAGGUCAGUGCCACGUCAAAAUCGAUCACAAACUCCCGAAAUUUUACUUGCCCCACACUACCUUGAAAACUCGCGUAUCUACUAUGAGUACCAGGAUCCACGAUGGAAGUAUGGGAAUAAUUACCAUUUACCAUCUGACGAUGUUAGUAAUUCCAGUCACUCCAAAAGAUCGACUACCAGAAGAAACUGUAAGACUCCCGACAAGUUUCUCGAUAACAAAGACCGCGAGAAAGUUAUUUAUAAGUCGGCACGAGCGUCGUCCGAUCUCGAUAGCCAGAUAUCCUUACCGAGAUCCUACACUCUGCCGAGAGAGUUCAAGUACUACCGAAGACCAAAAGCUAAAAAGACUGUCAGGAAUGACCACUUCCUGACCUCUACCAAUUCAAGUGACGGAGACGUUGACUCGUGCGACGACGAAGAGCUGAUGACGCAGCAAGGAACACAAUGUCUUUCUAACGCACAACCAAGGUUUGUACAACCUCACCACCGCCAUAACCACCACAACAACCAUCAUCAACUACAAGCUUCCUUAUCAUCAACGCCUCCUGAACAGCUUGGCCAGCAGCAUUUCAGACGACACUAUCAUCACAAUCUCAAUUUAAACCGGAACGCUAUUAUGGCGGCAACGGUUCCUCCGCAGCCGGAGCUCCGGAGUGCCAACUUCUCGCAGCACGCGUCGCCUUACAAUCUCCAUGAAACUGAACUUUAAUUCCAAGAGAAACUUUGAAGUUUUAUUUUGACAAAUAAAACCUCAAACUUUCCCGUAAACUAGUUUUGAGAAAAAUGAAGUUUUAUUUAUAAUUUACGGGAAAAGCGUCUUUAAAUGAUAUUGUCGUUAGUUAAUUAAUCGUUAAUCUGUCUCUUUACGAAAUUCAAUUUCAUCCUUAUGGAUGUUUAAUGUUUGUUGAAAAAUGAACCAUUUAAAUAAGUGCUGAAUAUAUGAAAAUUACCUAAAGUUACUUGUUCACCAGAAAAAAAGAACACAUCUGCUGGAUAAUGAAUUACCAUAAACGAAAAGAUUGAACUGUUAAAUUCUCUAGAAUAACUAAUCAAGGGAUCUACUGCCUUGUUGUUGAAUAUUGAAAAAUUAUUCUUUUUGCGUUUAUAUUGUAGUAAUAAGUUUUUCUGUUUAUGUUUUGUGUACACCUAUCCGCCUGUACUACAGACUUUGUAUAGUUUUGCCUAAGAUUAGGCGCUCAGGGACUCUAAUUUUUACGUACAAAUUUUAGGUGAAUGUAUAUAGCGGUAGAAGACAGUGUAUGAAAUGAAAGGUUAAAGUGGCUAACGGUAGAACUGUUCCCUUUUUUGUGCAAUGUGUAAAAAUCGUACAGACUUGUAUUUGCAUACUUUAUAGCUGGCUAUCUAUGAAUGUUAUUUGUUGCAUUAAACCAAUGACUGAACCGAAGCGAAGAAAUAAUGUGGACAGGAAUGCUGUUGAAAAUAAGUAAUAUCACUAAGUUUCGGAACGACUCGACCAAAAUUUUUUGUGAAGCAGCAGCAAGUACUUGAUGAGUAAUUUGUAAUUACAAAUUGAGUAAUUUGUUGUAAAAUGACAUUGCCUCCGUCGUGGUCAGUCCCAUGCUUGUACUGCUAUUGCUGUACGAGCUGUACUGCUAUUGCUGUACGAGCUGUACUGCUAUUGCUGUA